AUGUCCCAGUCGACCGGCGACACACUUCCCCCUCAGUCUCCCCAGGAUCGUUUGGCUCAAACAACCGCUGUUGUUUCAACCUCCUCGCUGGCCAGCCCCCAUUCGUACAUUCUAGCCUCCCGCAAACCACAAAGUCCCGCCGUGCUACAGGGUAGUUUAAUCCCUCGAGACUACCUGAGCUCGUUAUCCAGCUCGAGGUCCCCCCCGACCCAGCAGCGCCCGUUCGAGGAAGAAGACGACGACUUGUACGGGGCGCCGCUUAGACCUGAUGGUUCUGGGAAGAGACACGGUAAAAAUACAACGGAGGGUGAGGCUGCCCUGACACGAGAAAAGAGCCGCGGCAGCACCGCGACGCCCACCGACCAGUCGUCAAGCGUGUCAUCUAGAUCUCAUAAUCAGAAGGACCAAGGUGUUACAGCUGUCUUUGAAUCCCCCAAGUCGUACGCCUCUCCGUCGACGAGCGUGCACCCCCCGAACAAGAUGCCGCGGACAUCCUCCAUCGAUUCCGCCAUUUCUAAUAUUUCCAAUGUCUCGCAUGCUCAAAAACAUUUGGGGGAGGUCAAGGAGCCCACACGAGAAGAGGUGCACAAUCUCAUCGCCACCGCGGGCUCUGCGGAGAACCUGAUCCAGCACCUCUUGAAGGAUAAAGUUCACGCGGCGGCUCAAAAUGCCCAGCUGUGGAAACUUGUUGAUAAGCAGCGGGCGCUGUUGCUGGGUCUGAACAAAGACCUCGAGCGCUUGACGAAAGAGAGGGACAGAUACCGGAAAAAGGUCAAGGAAUUGCAGGCUCAACCCUCGACGUCGCAGGGAGACCGCCUCCGGCUGGAAGAAGGAAACUCCCCUCAAUCUGAUGGGGAAGCGUCCCUUGCCUCACGGCUACCUGACCCGGGGGCAAGCUUGAGGACAGAGGACCUGACGCCGAGCAAGGGCUUUACCAGUAUGCAAGUGCACAGCUCGCCCGUCGAUGCCGCUAUGAUGCCGUCGCCGCUGCACCUACAACAACAAGCACCGAAGAUGCAGAGCUUAGCGACACAGCUUGCACAGCCCUCGUUUGCCCUCACCGAGGCGACUCCGCUCACCGAGAAGCCACCGAAAUCAUUCCAAGCCUCCAGGAAAGCACCGCCCAAACCUCUUGAUUUGCGCCCUGCGAAGGAUGAAAUGCCAGCUCAUCAAGUAGUUGUCCCGGCCGAGGCGAUUGUCAGCGGCGACGAAGAUGAGGAAGGGCGGGAACCUGUGCAAAGAGGGCGACGGAAAACCCGAGAAGAAGAUGAUCGAGACCGCGAACUUCUUGCCCUUAAAGAGCAAGAAGCGCGAAGUCGAUCCAAAAAGGAGAAGAAAGCGAAGCCCGAAGCAGAAACACCCGCAGUUCUUGAUCAAAUGCCUCCUCGCCAGGCUGUCGCUGAAGCCGACCAACCCCUACCUUUGAGACAGGAUCACCUCUCGCCUUCCUCGAUAGCGUCAGGCUCAGUGGGCUCUUCAGCCCAACUGUCACUCCCUUUGCGAAGUCCCGGCCUUCCGAUGAGCCCUCGUCCCAUGAUGGGGUCUGCGCUUCCCAUGUCACCACGCGUUCCUGGAGGCAACUUCCCGCUUUCACCCCGUGCGCCCAAGAUGCCUUUACCCAUGCCAACAACACCCGGCAUGCAAGCACCCAAUCCCCAGGCGCUGGCACAAGCACAGGCAGCUGCAGCUGAAUCACAGAAGAAGACCGGUCCUUCGUCGCUUUCGAAGAUGAACACUGCUACCGGCGCUGAGUUGGAAAAGGGUCAAAUUUACGACUCUCCUCUGAGCCCGGGUGACGUGCCAGCAGUGAGCCGUGGGCUUGUCGAUCCAAGCUGGCCUGACCUGCUUCUUCCUCCAAAUGCCUUGCCCUCUGUUCAGGUUAAGGUCGCCUCCUCUCGUUUGCGCCCCUCGAGAAAUAGCAUGCUCGGGCUGAGGAUACCAGAAGAAAAUGCCGUCUUCAGCCUGUCGGUUUUUGAGCGUGCCACGUCAUCUGAACUUUGGCGCGUGGAGAAAAUUCCCACUUCACUUCCGUCCCUCGAACAGCAACUGAGAUCUCGCUGUUCUGACCUACCAAGAUUACCUGACCGAAAACUCUUUUCAGGUCAUUCACCUGCAGUCCUUGACGCGAGAAGAAAUGCAAUUAAUGAUUAUUUCGAAGACCUGCUCGACACUCCUAUGGAUGAACAAGCAGCUGCCGUCAUAUGCCGAUUCUUGUCGACAGACGUGAUGGAGCCACAACUCACCGUUCCCUCACAUAAUACUGAGGAUGCACAAAGUAGACAGACACCACAGUCGCAUUCCGGCAUUCCUACCAAGUCCGGAUACUUGACCAAAAAGGGGAAGAAUUUUGGAGGAUGGAAGUCUCGGUAUUUUGUUCUCGACAGUCCUGAGUUGAGGUAUUUCGAAGCCCCUGGUGGAGCCCAUCUCGGCACGAUCAAGUUGUUGAAUGCCCGGAUCGGCCGGCAAACGCAAUCGGACCCUUCAAAUGCAGAGGUCGACUCGGAAAACCAGUAUCGUCACGCCUUUCUCAUCCUAGAGCCCAAGCGCAAGGACAUGAACAGCCACGUUCGACAUGUGCUUUGUGCGGAAAGCGAUGCGGAGCGGGACGAAUGGGUGGAGACGUUGCUACAUUAUAUCGACGAGAGACCGAUGGAACCCAGAUCACAGUACGGAGCGGGUGUUCAGUCAUCACACGCCAAGGACGUCAAGGCGUCUCAAAGACUGGGACACGAGGACGCAGAGUCUAAGUCGAACGGAAGCCCACAAACGCAUAGCAACACGCCUUCUCCGUCUAUCGCGUCUAGCCAGACUCCGGAGCUCGUUCAGGAACCUGUCGCGGCCUCCAAACCGUACAACAUCUCGGGUCCCAUGAAUGGUGCUGUCAUUUCGGAUGCUGGAAGCUGGGGCAAUAAAUCUGCCAGUAACAGUGGCAGUAAAGAGCGAGAGCAGAAGAAGCGCAACCUCUUCCAUUUCCGGAAGCCAUCAUACGAGCAACUUGCUCCUGUGCAGCCAUCACAUCCCAAGAAAUCCGACGUCAACGUUCACCGAGGUGGGCACGUUAGACCGGUGUUCGGAAUGCAGCUCCAGGAGGCAGUGGAGUACUACUCACCUGUGGAUGUGGAGGUCUAUCUUCCAGCCGUGGUGUAUCGCUGCAUCGAGUUUCUCCGAGCCAAGAACGCCUCGAAUGAAGAAGGCUUGUUCAGACUUAGCGGGUCGAACAUUGUGAUUCGACUGCUUAAAGAUCGGUUCAACACGGAGGGAGACGUUGAUCUGCUGACCGAAGACGAGGAUUACGACGUACACGCCGUGGCGUCGCUGUUCAAAACAUACUUACGCGAGCUACCGUCGACGAUCUUGACUCGCGAAUUGCAUCUCGAAUUCCUGAAGGGUCUCGAGCUGCCUGAGAAGUCACAAAAAAUUGUGACCUUUAACCAUCUGGUGCACCAACUGCCUGGGGCGAAUUUCUCACUGCUGCGGACGCUCUCACAGUAUCUGCUCGAGGUGGUGCAGAACUCGGAGCGGAACAAGAUGACGAUUAAGAACGUCGGAAUUGUGUUCUCUCCGACUCUGAACAUCCCCGCGCCGCUGUUCGCCUUGUUCCUGACUGAUUUUGAAUCGAUCUUCGACAAACCCACCGACGGAGAGUCCAUUCGAUCGACGGAGAUAGAGCGUGGGGAGGGAACCCUGACGCCAGAAGACAUCCGAUCGCCGCGGCGGCAGAUGUUUACCGACUUACCGACGCCCAUGUACAAUCAAGACAGCUUUGCACACAAUGCCCGGGCGCCAGGUGGCAUGCAAGCGAGUGCACGGCCCGAGUAUCCGCAUGAUGCCACCAACGAUCUUGGAUUCGCGCCGAUCCAACCGUCGUACGAGUCUCGACAGUAUGUGUCGUUUCUACAUGAGAUGCCCAUGAGCGCACCCAGAUACCCACCACCACAGCCCCCCAACCAACAUGGACGGAGCAGUCAAUACGGGGGAUCGAACAAUAUGAUGGCUCCGGAGAAUGCAGCGAGUGUCAGGGCACGACGCCGCGAGAGCUCGAUGCUGUUCAUGUGA